ACUUUUGCUCGCAAAGAUGCUGAGUAUACGAAAAUAGCUUAGCGCGGUGGGCAACGGUGACUGGAAGAAGAUCUUGGUUGCUUUUCAGCAUUUGAGCUUACUCGAGUUCAGUGUGUUCCACCUACGGGAGAACGGCACGUAACAUUUUACGCUUAAGUAGUGAGAAGACACCAUAAAUAAAGUAAUAAGAUGUCAGGCCAGGGGGCGAAGCUUGUGAACAAGCAAUUCAACUCGCCUAUCAAGCUGUACUCUCCGCAGUCGGUGCAAGAGACCUUGGAACGUCAAACCCAAGUUUUAUCCAACGGUGCAGUCGGAAUCGACUUCAACCAGUUGGCUAAACCAGCGAACCUGCAGAAUAGCGCCGUUCUUCGAAUGCUCGAAGAAGAGGAAGCCAGACAACGCAAUGGAGGACAACCUAGUUUGAAGCGAGUGGCUUGGCCCCCACCGUUGGAAGAGCAACAAUUCAAUUACGUCGAACAAGACCCGGUUCAAUCGAAGACACGAGGUGUGGGAGAAUUCGCGUCGUACGGAAGCAGUCCGGCUUCCGGUCCGUCUCCUCAACCCCCUAGUUCUCAGGUCCCUCAAGGUUUAGUUUCGCUCGCGAACUUCCCCUCUUCUCCAUCACCCGUAAGCCCCGGGGGCACCCUUCGUCAACCCUCGAACUUCCAGUCACCAGCACCCAAAGGCUGGGCGCCUGUCACACCCCCGGCUACGUCACCCUUGCCAAGUUACCGUAACCAGCAACAACCGAUUUGGCAAUCACAGCCACCACAGGCUCCGUGGCAACAACCUGUUACCCCUCAACAGCAAAAUCAACCACCACACCAGGGCGUUCAAGUUUAUCCUCAUCAAGCACAACAGCCCCCGCAGCACUUGGUAUCCUCAACACCAACUUCAGCGUACGCACCACCCCCUUCUCUCAUCACCCUCAGACCUGAGCCACCAAUUUCUCAGAUACCGGCGCCGGUUUAUCACGCUCAACCAGCAGCAACGAUGGCGACAAUUCACGGAAACAUGAGAGGGGAUCAAAAGUGGCCCCCAGAAUCGGUAAAGAUUCAAGCAGAAGCUGAGAACAGAGCGAGGCUCGAGUUGGCUAAGGGACCGGCGGUCAGGCCACGUCGUGUCAGAAAAGAUUACAGCGGAUUUUUCGCCCAACACGCAUUGAACAGCACGUAUCCCGGAUACCGAGCUCCCCCUGGUACUCAGUACUUUUCCCCCGGAUACCAGCACUAAUUAUUAGCACCCGGUAAUCGAAUUCCGCGAGGAACCAAAUUCGCCUAUCUAUUUCUCUCUCACUCUUUCUCCUUUGGUUCCUCCGCAAUGCCCGAUCCUUCCCGCCCCUCCAUCCCUGAACACAUAAAUGUUAUAAAUAUAAUUGUAUAGGUGUGCGAUUAUACACAUUCGAUUAAUAAUUCUCGACGAAUAUUUAUUAAUCCGCAAAGGAGAUGAAAUCGAAUUACCGAUUUUCGAAUGAGCUCAUAAAAAUCCUAUAAAAAUGUCUGCAACUUCAAUUGUUGCUUGCAUACGGACACAAAAAUAACAGGGUGCUAUUCCUUACUUGGCGUCGUCGGCUUUUUCUUUCGCAGCCGAAAGUGCAAAGUUGCACUUCGAAAUACGUAUUUUACAUUUUACGAUUAAAUUUGCAAAAUUAAAUUCAAAAGCUUAUUAAAGCAGAUGGAGGGUUUAGGGACGAUUAGUUUUUUGGGCCCGAGGCCGUGCGGGGGCUACGCGAGGCACUGGCCCUCGCUGCUGCUUUUUUACGCCCGGAUCCCUUUUUAAAUAAUGGUUGCCUCGCACUCCAAAUUUCUCUACGAAAACAGCUUUGAUUUGCACAGUUGCUGUUUUCUUUCUCUUUUUUAUUGUGGAUUAUUUGUGUAUCGCCUGCAAAUUCAUCGCCAUGAUGGAUCUGAAAUUAUCAACACUUGGAGGAAUAUUUUGUCGAAACAACUUCAACGAUUUUUCCAUUAUCAAAUGACAAAAUUAUUUUGGUGUUCUUCGUACAGGUUUUGUGGCAUCUUUCGAUAAGUUCAGCAUGGUUCAGCCAACUAAUUGAAACUCUAUCCAAACUAUUAGUGGUGUAACGGAAUUACAAAAAAAAUACAAUGCUGUAUUUAAUGUAAAUCAAAAAUAACAAUCAUGAAUUGUUAUUGAGACAAAACUUUUUGUCUUGAUACAAAAAAAUAAGAAGAACCUUGCAAAUUUAUUCGACGAAAGGAGUAUGUUAGACAAAACAGAAUGAUCUUCUAUAUGUAUAAGUGAAAUAUGUGUACAAUAUUAAUUAUUCCCUAUUUGGAGUGACAAGUUAUAUGUACAGAACUGAUCGGUUAUAAACACACUAAACUAUCCCUCCAUAGAGAUCAUCAAUUUUAAACUACCACGAUGCGUUUCUCUUAUUUUUAUAUGAAUGUUACUUUUAAUAUUUAUUUUUCUUCUCUCUCUCUCGCGUAUUUCAAAAGGCGAAUUAUCAAAAUAUGGAGUUAUAGGCGUUGAAGGUAUUAAAGGCCUUAUGGCAUGUCCUGCAGUAUAUUUGCUUGGCUCGCAACCCAUCGAUAAAAACUAACGCUUUGUGCGACGAAAAACGACUUUAAAUAAGUACCGCUUCAAUUAUCGAGUGCCAUCUUCACCCGGAAUAUAAUAAUGGAUGAGAUAAACAUGAGAUAAACUCAUAGGUUAAAAUAUGCAUGCACUCAUUUGGUGUAUAAAAAAUGUAAUAAAAAUAAAUUCAAACAAGAGAUCAUUUCGAAGAUGGACGUAUUUUAUAUAGCAUAAUUAAACAACGAAUAAUACGAUUUAUUAUGUUCAACUAAUGAGGAAUUUGUAACGAUGUAAUAUAUUAACGUAAACGAAUAAACAUAUAAAUAAAUAAAUAUAAAUAAACAA